GACCAGAGAGAAACAAGAGAACUCAAAAUUAAACAAAAACAAAAAUUGCUCCACGCGAAGAAGAAACGUUUUGAGUCUCUUUCUCUCUCUUUGCUCUGGUUUGAAAAAAAAUAAAUAAAUAAAUAAAAAAGAAUAAGAAAAAGAAAAAGCUCUGAGGAAAGAGAGCGAGGGUUUUGUGAAGGAGAGAGAGGAAUGAAAACCUAGCUUUUGGGAGAGGUUGAGUAGUGAGAGAAAUUUAGAGAGAGAGAGUGUGUGUGUUUGUGUGUUUGUGGAAGUUAUCUGUGUUCGGCGUUAUCAAGGCUAGGGUUUUGAUAUUCGUCGUUGAUAAAGGGUUUGGUAGUUCCCUUGGACGAAAUCGUGGCUGCUUUACUGUUUUUUGGGUUUCAUGGAAGAUUUUUAUGAGAAUCGAAGCAAUUUUAGUUUUGAAUUUGGGGAUUAUCUCGGCCUAGUAUAGCAAUUACUGGAAAUCGCAGUUGAAGAUUUAGUAUUGGGAUCCUUCCUUGUGGCUCUAUCCAGACUUUGAAGUUUCUGAGUAAUUUCAAUCAACUAGCACUGAGGUUUACAACAAUUUUGUAUGGGAAAUAGAACAUUAUCCCUGCUCAAUUGUUGUUUUGAAUUUGAGAAGCAUGAUAUAUGAAGCAGUAUGACGCUGGAAGAUUUUUUCACUUUGACUGAGAUGAAAGAUGGGCUCACAGCCCUGUCUCGAGUUGAGGAGCUCAUAACUGUAAUGCAGAAGGAGAAAGAGUGUGGUGUGAAGAAUGCUAGUGAUGCAACAAGGCAGUGGACUGCUGUGGCCAGCACUAUUGCUGCCACAGAGAAUAAAGAUUGUCUUGACCGUUUCAUUAAUUUAGAUGGUCUUUUGUUCAUUGAUAGAUGGCUAAAAGAAGCACAGCAGUUAUGUACCGAUGCAAACGAAAGCUUUGUGGAAGAAUCCAUUACUGCUUUAUUACAAGCACUUGAAAAGCUUCAUGUAGAUAAUGAAAAGUCAAAAUCUUCAGGAAUCUGGAUUACUAUUGAGACUCUUCUUGGGCACAAAAGUUCUAGAGUUAAAGACAGAGCUAAACUUCUGUUUGAUAGCUGGAAGCAGGAAAGCUGUGAGGAUAAAGUUAACAAUGUUGUCGACAAUGUUGGUUUAUUGCAUAAUGAUGGGACUUCAAAGCCUAUUUUAGAUGAAGAUAGGCCAUCUUCUUCAGGUGUCUCUACUUCUGAAGGAACUGUUAAAGGGGAGGAAAUGCAAACUGCAGAACCUGCCAAGGAGAUAAUAAGCUCAGAUAUAUUAUCAGGAAGAGAUGAUGUACAGAUUAAUAAUCAGCAAGGCAUUGACAAAAGUUCAAAUAGUGCUAACAUUGAUGAAAUAACUGCCAAUCCUUCAGCGCUUAUCAUCUUAAACUCUGUUGAGAAAAGCCCUACCGAAGAAGAUUCCACUGUGUGUUCUAUUGGAGGAAGCACACCAUCUGAGCCUAGUUUUGUGGCUCCUAAGAAUGGCACUGUUGAGGGACAGCCAGAUUUUUCAAAAGUAAAUGAGCUCACAAAAAAUGAAAAGCAGGCAGACAAAGCUGAAAAUUCGUUGCCAAGUCCAAAGGAACCUUUUAUUGUUUCAUCAGAUGCUGGUGCUUCAAGUUCGCUGGAACUUAUGAAGCAACCUACUUUGCAAAAUAAUGGCGGACUGAAUGAAAAUGAUAGCUGUCAAAAACUAUCUCCUGUUGGUGGUGCAGUGGCAUCUGCAUCUGAUUCAAGGAGUGUGAUUGGGGAUUCAAAGUUUAUAAAUAAUCUCAAUGUUGUUGAUGAUAGUGAAUGUUGCUCUAAAGCGUCACAUUUCUCAUCGGGUAAUCAUAAUUCUUUGGCAAAACCUGAAGAUUUAGGGACUUCUUCUAUGACGGAUGACCUGGAAAGUGUUGAUGAUGACAAGGAGUAUGGUAGGGAUGAUGAACAUAAGAAGAGUUCUAGUGAUGAAGAUAUGGAGAGUGCUAGCGAUGAAGAUACAGAUUUUAGGAGUGCUUAUGAGUUUUCUAAGCCUGUCAUGGAUUCCAAUCGUUCUCGUGCUACUGACCGAAGAAGAUCAGAUUCAGAAUUUGAUAUUGGGUUUGGGGUUGACGCUCUAGAAGUUGCUCGGCGCGUUGCUGAAGCUGUUGAAAGAGAAGUAGGGGAUCUCAAAGGACCAUUUAGUUGUUCUUCUUCUGAGAAAAUUUCAUCAGGCGAACCAAAGGAGGCAGGUAGUCCAGACUCCAUAAAUGAAAAACAGGACCGACCCCCUGAAGUUUCAUCGAAGGAGGAACCAACUGCUCAAAGCCAUUCUGCUGAGGCUUAUCCUAGAGAAGAUCUGCAGGUGAGAAACAUCGCUAAUCUGGAUGUGGUACCAGAAAACUGCACCCAUGCCGUAGACUCCUCCCAAGUAACUGAAGCUGUAGAAGAAACAAAAAUGAACAUAGACAAAGGUCCUUGUGGUUUUGAUCUAAAUGAAGAACUUUUCUCUGAUGAAGUAGAACGUUAUGCUAAUAUUGUAUCUACCCCUGUUCCUGUUGUUUCUGCUUCAAGGCCAGUGACUUCUGGACUGUCAGUAUCCCCUUUACAGUUUGAGGGUUCUCUUGGAUGGAAAGGAUCUGCUGCUACUAGUGCUUUCCGACCAGCUUCUCCUCGCAGAAAUUCUGACAAUGAUAAAAAUCAUUCUGUUGGGGGUACUAGUGAUAGUAGUUCAAAGCAGAGGCAAGAUUUCCUAGAUAUUGAUCUCAAUGUGGCCGAGGGUGGAGAGGACUUGGGGAAACAAAUUCCGGCAUUGUCUGGCCUCCCCUCUGGGGAAUCUUCUGUGGAAGCGAGUCCAAAAAAAUCCAAAAGGUUCAAGUUGGAUUUAAAUACCAUUGAAGAUGAUAGUGAUGUUCUACCAUUGAAUUUGAAGGCAGAAGGGCAGCAGUUGUUCCAUCACCGAAAUGGCCACCGCAGUCCAUCUCCUGCGUCAUCAUCUUCAUCAAUGCAACCUUUUAUGAGAAAUAUUGAUUUGAAUGACAGACCAUCUUUCAUUGAUUCCAUAGAACAAGGGUCUGGCAAGUCUUUUCAGGGGGUUAAUAAAUUUGUGGUGCCUAAUUCUGUUAUUUCUAUAAUGGGUACCCGUGUGGAAAUCAACAGAAAAGACACUGUUCCUCAAGUUCUUUCUCUGCAUAGUGGCAAGUCUCUUGAGCCUGCAUUUGAUGCUGCUACAAUGACGAGAACAGGGAGUUUUUUGGGACUUGCUUCCACAGGGUCAUAUGGUCAUUCGCCUGUUUAUGGGUACAAUGGUCUGGCAACAGGGCCCACCAUGUCUUUCUCCAAUCCCAUGUAUGGACCUGGUGGAGCAAUCCCCUGCAUGUUGGAUUCACGAGGUACGUUGAUGCCUCAAAAUCUGGUUUCUACUGCGCCACCUUUUCCCCAGCAUCCAUUCAUCAUGGGCAUGGCGAAUGCACAUCCAAGUCUAAAUGGUGCUGGACCUUCACGCCCCAAUUUUGAUCUAAAUUCUGGGUUUGUUGUUGAGGGAGGAGGUAACAGGGACUCUGUUUUGAGACCCUUUUUCAUAUCUGGCCAGGGAAGGCCUCUGGAGGAGCAGCUUAGGACCAAUUCACAGCCGCCAUCAAGUUCUGCUAUUGGUGGGAAAAGGAAGGAACCGGAUGGUGGGUGGGAAGCUUACCAAUUUAGCUACAAACAGCAUCAACCACCGUCGUGGAAACAAAGGGCUUUGCAAGGUUAGAAGACUGGGAUAUAUGUAGCUGUAGUUUCUUGUCCAUGUAUAUCACAAAAAUAUAGGAACGGAUCUUAAAUGAUUUUGGUUGGUGGUGCUUGUGGAAAGUUUCUUUCAUGUCGAGUCUAGUUAAUCUAUAGAUUAAGACAGAAUUGGUGUAUAGAAAACAUCCUCACCGUUUCUUCUUUUUCAAGUACUCAGAACUUAUUUACCACCACUGCUACUAGCCUUUUAUUUUAAUUAGAGGAAGUGUUUAAUUUUUUUUCCUAUCCAAUAUUAGAAGUUAUUAUCUA